GUGGUGUCCUUCAGAAAAACAGUGGAUUUAAAUCUCCUUCUCUGAGCUUAGAGCAACGCAAUCUGUCAGAAAAGAAAGAAAGAAAAAACCGACCCUGACAAAAAAGAAGAAAAAGAAGAAGAAAAAAAAAUCAUGAAAACCACCCAGGCAAAAAUGCACAAUUCUAUCUCUUGGGCAAUCUUCACGGGGCUGGCUGCGCUGUUUCUCUUUCAAGGAGUGCCAGUGCGUAGCGGAGAUGCCACGUUCCCCAAAGCUAUGGACAACGUGACAGUCCGGCAAGGGGAGAGCGCCACCCUCAGGUGCACAAUUGACAACCGAGUCACCCGUGUGGCCUGGCUAAACCGCAGCACAAUCCUCUAUGCUGGAAAUGACAAGUGGUGUCUGGACCCCCGUGUGGUCCUGCUGAGCAACACUCAGACCCAGUACAGCAUUGAGAUCCAGAAUGUGGAUGUGUAUGAUGAAGGCCCUUACACCUGCUCUGUGCAGACAGACAACCACCCAAAAACCUCACGGGUUCACCUCAUUGUACAAGUAUCUCCCAAAAUUGUGGAGAUUUCUUCAGAUAUCUCCAUUAAUGAAGGGAACAACAUCAGCCUCACCUGCAUAGCAACAGGUAGACCAGAGCCUACAGUUACCUGGAGACAUAUCUCCCCCAAAGCGGUUGGUUUUGUAAGUGAGGAUGAAUACUUGGAAAUCCAGGGCAUCACUCGGGAGCAGUCAGGAGACUAUGAGUGCAGUGCUUCCAAUGACGUGUCCGCACCUGUGGUACGGAGAGUGAAGGUCACCGUGAACUAUCCACCAUACAUUUCAGAAGCUAAGGGCACAGGUGUUCCUGUGGGACAAAAGGGGACAUUGCAGUGUGAAGCCUCAGCAGUACCCCUGGCAGAAUUCCAGUGGUACAAGGAUGACAAAAGACUGGUUGAAGGAAAGAAGGGAGUCAAAGUGGAAAACAGACCAUUCCUCUCUAAACUCAUCUUCUACAAUGUCUCUGAGCACGACUAUGGGAACUACACUUGUGUGGCCUCCAAUAAGUUGGGUUACACUAAUGCCAGCAUCACAUUAUUUGGUCCUGGAGCAGUCAGUGAGGUAAACAACAGCACAUCACGGAGGGCUGGCUGCAUCUGGCUGUUACCUCUUCUGGUCUUGCACUUACUCCUAAAAUUUUGAUGUGAGUGUCACUCCCCCAACUGGGGAAAAGCUGCCACCACUACAACCACCAACACAACAACACCGGCAACACCGACAGCAACAAGAGCAUCUCCGUUUUUAAAUAAGAUGUAAUCAAAUGAAAUUCAGAGAAACAAAGCCUAAGGGGACACAGAUUUGAGGGAGGGGAGCAAAGAAUAUAUUGAGAAACAAAUAAAAAGGAAAUUGAAAAUUGCCUUGCAGAUAUUUAGGUACCACUGAGAUUUCUUUCUUUCCUCAUACGGGAAGAAUGCAUACCCAGCUUUGGACCAACCCUCAAGCUGCAUUCUGUGACCUUUUCGUUCCCAGGAUGGGAAAGAAUUCCACCACUCUGCCCAUUCAUGUGCCCCCACCAUGGAAAAUUCUGGAGCCGGCCAUUCUAAAUUCAGCCAGCCAAAAGAGAGGAACAGUUCAUAUGUGCAGGCCCAAAUGUGCCACUGGAGGCCCUUUCAUGGACUGUGCCACCAUUGUGUGUGUUAUGAAAUGUAAAAGAUUGAAAA